GCAGGAUUUGAAUAAAGCUACAUGACGAGAGUAUACUAGGGAUGGGACUUGACCGGCAGGCACGUCGCCCUAUAAUGUUUACGCCUUGUCGCCCCCUUGAAAGACACAAGCGAGCGAUGUCAUUGUAGUGUCAUUGCCCUCUCUAGACAGCAUUUGCGUCCCGAUUCCCCAGUCAGGUUAAGUGUUACCUAGCUACCUUAUACAUUUACCUCCUGCCCAAGCUCCUGUUCUCUUUCCGUCUUCUCAAACUGCAUCCAAAUCCUCCUGUUCAGAAUGGCUCUGUCUCAAGCCGCUUACGCUCUUGAAUCCGCCCUCGGGCACUCCGGCUCCGCGAUCACCGCGCAAGAUGUCACAAACCCAUCUCUCACACCCGGCGCCGGCGACGAUACGGAGACAAUGCAAGCGCUCGUAUGGGCUGGCAAGAACAGCGUCAAGAUGGUGACUGCCAAAAAACCCGUCGUCAUCGAGCCGCGAGACGUGAUUCUGAAAGUUACUGGUAGCACAGUAUGCGGCUCCGACCUGCACCUGCUGCACGGAGCCAUUGUCGAGAUGAAGAAAGGCGAUAUCCUGGGUCAUGAGUUCUGUGGUGUUAUUGACAGCAUGGGUGCCGACGCCGGCCGUACUGGUCUGAAUAAGGGCGACCGCGUGGUGGCGAGCUUCCAGAUCGCGUGUGGCGAUUGUUAUUACUGUAAACAGAAGCUGAGCAGUCAGUGCGAGAAAACGAAUGCGAAUACCCUCGAGGAUGCCAUGUACGGCGGGCGUACAGCAGGUAUGUUUGGGUAUUCACAUUUCACGGGAGGGUUCGCUGGCGGACAAGCUGAGUAUGUGCGCGUGCCCUGCGGUGAUGUAAACCUGCUCAAAUUGCCGGAUGAUGUGCCAGACGAGAAAGGUCUUUAUCUGAGCGAUGUGAUUGCGACAAGCUGGAAUUGCGUUGUUGAUACAGGUGUCAAAGAGGGGGACACUGUUGCCAUAUGGGGCGCGGGCCCAAUCGGGCAAAUGUGCGUCGAUUUCAGUUUUAUGAACGGAGCAAAGCGAGUCAUUGUCAUUGAUAGCAAUUGGCGACUUGAUUAUAUCAAAGAGAGGCAUCCGAAGACUGAGCUCAUCGAUUUCAAGAAUCUGCCUAAGGGCACUAGUGUGGUGCGGAGAUUGAAAGAGAUGUGUGAUGGGCGAGGCCCAGACGUGGCGCUGGAAUGUGUAGCGGGCGAGUAUACAAAGGGAUGGGCGCACUGGUUCGAGAUGCAAAUGGGGCUGGAGACGGAUACGAGCGAGAUAGUGAAUGAGAUGAUUGAAAGUGUGAAGAAUUACGGGCGGUGUGGUAUUACAGGAGUUUAUGCUGGUUAUACCAACCAUUUCAAUAUCGGCAGUUUGAUGGAGCGUGGUAUUCGACUUAUCGGCAAUGGACAGGCUCCAGUCCAUCUGUACUGGGAGAAACUUCUUAAGAUGAUCCAGGAUGGCAGUAUCGAUCCGCUCAAGAUGGUGUCUCACCGGGUAGACAUCUCGCAGAUGGAUCAGGUCUAUUACAAAUUCGAGAAGAAGGAGGAUGGCAUGCAGAAGGUGUUUGUGCAAACCAAAUUCUCCCAACCGCCAUGUGCUGGCUCUCCGGUCUUGACGAAAUACUGAUAGGAGUUUGUUCGAGCGGUGCACGGUGCGGAGUGAAUGAGAACAGCAUUUGUUUUGACGGCUGGAGUCCAGGAUGUGCUAGCUUCGAGGCUGAUACCUU